AUGGAGUCGGUGGAGAAAGAGUGCGGUGCUCUCGGUGGAUUAUUCCAGGCCAUCGUUAACGAUAUGAAGAGCUCGUAUCCAGUAUGGGAAGACUUCAGUGCCAAGGCGACCAAACUUCAUUCCCAACUUAGGACUACGAUACUAGCAGCGGUGGCCUUCCUCGACGCGUUUCAGAAGGUGGCGGACAUGGCUACGAACUCCAGAGGUGCCACCAGGGACAUCGGAUCCGCUCUCACCAGGAUGUGUAUGCGCCAUCGCAGCAUCGAAGCAAAAUUACGCCACUUCACCAAUGCUCUUAUGGAGGGCCUUGUUACGCCCCUUCAGGACCGAAUAGAAGAGUGGAAGAAGACGGCCAAUCAGCUCGAUAAAGAUCAUGCCAAAGAAUACAAGCGGUCUCGUCAGGAAAUCAAAAGAAAGUCUUUAGACACUAUCAAACUCCAGAAAAAAGCCAGAAAAGGCCGGGGAAACCUGCGCCCCCAGCUGGACAGUGCUAUGCAAGACGUGAACGACCUCUAUUUACUAAUGGAGGAGACGGAGAAGCAGGCGGUGAGGAGGGCGCUCCUGGAGGAGAGGAGCCGCUACUGCGCCUUCAUCAGCCUGCUGCAGCCUGUUGUGAAUGUAGAGAUCGCAAUGUUGGGAGAAACCACUCAUCUCCAGGCCAUUGUGGACGACUUAACCCUAUUGACUGAAGAUCCACACAAACUGCCACCUGCAAGUGAACAGGUUAUCCGUGACCUAAAAGGCUCCGACUACAGCUGGUCCUACCAAACUCCUCCCUCAUCCCCGAGCAGCACGAGCUCCAGGAAAAGCAGCAUGUGCAGUCUCCUGCAGAUGCCCUCGGCCGGAGCUUACCGCCUCAGCAGCGUGUCCUCCCACGACUCGGGCUUCGUCUCCCAGGACGCCAACAACCAGUCCAAGCCCCCCUCCCCCAUGCCCUCGGAUAUCACCAGCCAGAAGUCAACAAGCUCAGCCUCCUCUGAGGCCUCAGAAACCUGCCAGUCUGUCAGCGAAUGCAACUCUCCCACAGCGUUUGGCUCAUGCUCAUCCUUCGGCACCUUCCGCCCUGCUUUCUCUCACACUGGCACCAUCAGGCCUAUGUCUGUCAUACUUCCUGCGUCCCCCACAUUUAACCACUCCCCUGGAUCCAACACCCCCUCACCCACAUCAAAGGUUCCUAGUUGGAAGGAUUGGGCCAAAGCGAGUAUGUGUGAGCCGCCGUUGGCCAGCACUCCACAGCGGAGAAGAGCCUCUCUGGAUAAGGUGCGGGAGUGUGAAGCACCACCUAGCCCCCAGGGGUAUUCUGGGAUGCAGCCAGACGACUUGCACAGAACUAGAAAUCUUAAGCAUGGCGAGCCCCUCUCCCCUGCAGCCAGUACAUUGGCGAUGGUUCUGACCAGAGGCUUGAGCAUGGAACAACAGAAAAGCAGCAGAGAUUCACUGCAGUACUCCAGUGGCUACAGCUCCCAAACCAACACCCCCUCCUGCUCUGAGGACACCAUCCCCUCACAAGGCUCUGAUUAUGAGUGUUAUUCACUCAAUGGAGACGCUGAUGGUGAAGGGCAGGACUUUGACAAGUCCUCCACCAUCCCACGCCACAGCAACAUUGCCCAAAGCUACCGCCGUAUGAUUCAAACCAAGAGGCCGGCCAGCACAGCCGGUCUGCCUGCUGGUAAAACUCAGAAUGGCACAGCCGGACAUAGCUCAGGCGGCAUCAGCUCAGGAACAGCAACCAUACGCCGCACACCCUCCUCCAAAACUGGAGUGAGGAGGACUCCCUCGACAUCCGGCCCUAUUCCAAUCAGGCCUCCCAUCGUGCCAGUCAAGACGCCCACAGUGCCCGACUCUCCAGGAUAUGCAAGUCCUUCUCACUUCCGCUGCGGCAGUGAGGAGUUUCUGUACGGUGAUGACCCAGCGUGUGACUACACAAGGGGGUCUCCAAAGAGAAUGAGCCUUCCAGAGACGACCUGGAGCAGCAACGGAGGAGGGGCUGACAGGACAGUUUAUCCUCAGGAAGCUUGUAGUGGUAGUGUGGUCGCCCACAGCACAGAGGAAGACCCCUUCUUUGCUCUCAACCGCCACAGCCUGGUGGAGAAGAUAGGGGAGCUGGCAGCGAGUGCACAUGCCCUGGGCGAGGGACAGUUCCCUUUCCCCAGCUUACUAGCAGGAGAGCAGGACGUCUCCUCCCCAGGCCAAAGCGAUGUGGACAUGCUGGUUUCCAUUCGACGAGGCGUCAGGCUUCGUAAAACGGUGACUGAUGACAGGUCGGCCCCCAUGAUGCGGUCUGUGAUGAGAGAACGUGUCCCGGGGGAGCCACAGACACUGGAGGAGAACUGCGAGCCGUAUCACAGAGCUCACCUUCUCCAAACUGUCACGGCAUUUCCAGGAAUGGCUGUAGUAAAGGAGCACUCGGGUUGCGGCGCUCUUUCCCCAGGUCACCGGCCGUUCAACCUGGUGAACAUUGAAGCAAAGUGCAUACAGAAUUCAGACAGACGAGGUACACACUCCUCUCUGCGCUCCUCGGGGCUGCAUGUCCGGGCGGUGGUGGACCCUCUGACCGUCUCUCGGGGUGGGGUUCACAAAGGCGCGCGCGCCCCGCCCCCGCGCUUGGCGCUGUCCGCGCGCUGGUGCUGA